AUGGAUCUGUUCUCGUCAGCGAUCGAAAGCUUAAAGCCCGCUUUGGAUGAUGACCUCAUCGACCGAUUCAAUCACUAUUACACACCGAACGUGUUUCUUCUUUUCGCGCUGGUGGUCAUCACUCGGCAGUGGAUAGGACAUCCUAUCCAAUGCUGGGUGCCUGCCGAAUUCAAGAGAGCGUGGGAGGAAUACACCGAAAACUAUUGCUUUACACAGAACACUUACUGGUUGUCCAUCAACAGUUCGAUACCGGAGCACCAAUCGGAACGAAAUGGAAAACGCAUCUGCUACUAUCAAUGGGUACCUUUCAUCUUAGCCACGCAAGCGCUGAUGUUCUGCAUCCCGCAUUUGGUGUGGCGACUGCUGAGCUUCUAUUCUGGAGUCAACUGGAGGUACUCCGGUAUAUUUCCGGUAGUGACCAUGUGCGAUUUCGACGUCCGCAUGCUGGGACAAAGUAAUAGGUACACAGUUCAGUGUGUGCUGAUGAUUAACGUAUUCAACGAAAAGAUCUUCGCCUUCCUGUGGAUUUGGGUGGCACUGCUGUCGGCGCUGAACGUCUACCAUGUGAUAUACUGGAUAAUAUAUGCGGCGUUCAGAGAUUUGCGAACAGCAUACGUGGCUAAGUUACUCGAUCCUACAGGGCGAGACACCCGGGGCGAGGAGGAAGAACAAACAGAAGAAAUUAGAAUGGUCACAAAGUUCCUCCGAACUGAUGGAUUCCUCAUUCUUCGCAAAGUAGCUUCUCAUUCAGGGAAAGUUGUGGCCGCAAAGCUACUCCGAAACUUGUUGAAAGAAGUGCAAGCUGAAAACAACACAAUGAAUCAUAUUGUACGUGCCCGAACAGUAUCAACUUCCACCAUUACGAGAACCACGUUUGUAUGA